UAUUUAGCCUUAAACCCUCUCCUUUCCCCUUCUGUACUCCCCUGUGUGACCCUCGCUCAGUGCUGCAGGCAUUUCCAUAUCAGAGCAGAGAGAGAGACAGCGCCGGCUUACACAGAUUGAAAGACAGAAAGAGUUUCUGUUGAAUAGCUGCAUCCAUUGAGUGUAUUGGUUCACAAGUAGAGUGAUAAUGUAUGAGAGGAAGUGUAGACUUUUGGUGUAUGCGGGAACUCAGUUUUAGUUUGACAGCUCAGUUAGCUUGUUAUCCAUUUACACAUGGCAAUGAGUGUAUGUAGUAGUCCUUUGACAGCCUCUCUUACUGUGGUGUAACUAUGGAGGAUGGCGAGUUGGUAAUUCGGUUGCCAGGGCGAUCUGACUCACCUGUGGGCAAUAGGAGUUGCGGUGCUGGUGGUGGGUUUGGUGAGACGUUGGUGUUGCGGCACAAAGAGGUUCAUCACUUCUUCUUCGUCCCGUUCAGGGAGCAGCCCAUCUACAGCACGAGGGCCCACGUCUUCCAGAUUGACCCCAACACCAAGAAGAACUGGUUGCCCACCAGCAAGCAUGCCGUCACUGUGUCCUACUUCUACGACAGUACGCGCAAUGUCUACCGCAUCAUCAGCCUGGAUGGCACCAAGGCAAUAAUCAACAGCACCAUCAGUCCCAACAUGACGUUCACAAAGACGUCACAGAAGUUUGGCCAGUGGGCUGACAGUCGAGCUAACACUGUCUACGGCCUGGGAUUCUCCACUGAGCAUCAUCUAGCCAAGUUUGCAGAGAAGUUUGCAGAGUAUAAAGAAGCAGCACGGCUCGCUAAAGAGAAGAGUCAAGAAAAGAUGGAGAUGGCCACGUCUCCUUCUCAGGAGUCUCCAGGCGGCGAGCUUUCGUCACCUUUGACCCCAGUGACUCCGCCCAUGGAAAACAUCAACGGCACAGAUGACAUCUGUGACACGACUCCCAACUCAGACACGCGUCCAGAGCCGUCUCAGAACGCACUGGCCUUCGCACACAGCCCUGUCAUGACAAAACACUGGGAGGCUGAGCUGGAGGCACUAAAGGGGAACAAUGCCAAGCUCACGGCAGCUCUGCUGGAGUCCACAGCCAACGUCAAACAGUGGAAACAACAACUGGCUGCCUACCAGGAGGAGGCCGAGAGACUACACAAACGGGUGACGGAGCUCGAAUGCCAGAGCAACCAAACCCCGGCUAUCAAAUCCCAGAAGACUGAACUCAACCAAACCAUAGAGGAACUGGAGAAUAUGCUAAGGGAUAAAGAAGAGGAAAUGGAAAAGUUUAAAGAGGAAUUGGAAAACAUGAAUGACCUGAUGGAGCAGAAAGACACCCUUACCCAGAAACUUGAGGAGACGGAGCUGCGCAGUCGGGUGCUAGAGGAGCAGCUGGCGGGGGCCGAGCAGCGGCUGGAGGAGAACCAGGAGGAGCAGGAGAAUUUCAGGAAGAGCCUGCGGACGCUGCUGGAGCUGCUGGACGGCAAGAUCUUUGAGCUGACGGAGCUCAGAGACACCUUGGCUCGGCUCAUAGAGGAGGCCAGCUAGAGACGGAGCUGCCUAAUCUUCACAGACAGAGCCAUAUGAUCAUUUACACCCUGAGACCCCGAACUCACCCACACCGAUUCUACCCACCACGCCCCACCUUCCUCCUAUACCCCACACACAUCAAAACUGAGACACUACACUGCCCCAAUUCUGAUUUUGCUCAAAAAGGGCAGCUAACUCCCCUAAUCAAGCUCCCAAUAAUCGCAGGCACUCCUGUAGUUCAAGACAACGCAGGGACUACCUCAUCUUGCCUUCUGAUUGGCUGGUGUAGGUGUAACCUCGGUUGAAUUGAUCUCUCCAGAAGUAGGGAUGCCUGUCUUGGCACACUGCAACUGCCCCCCCCCCCCAAACCCACCCACACACUCUCAAAGAGUUAACUUGAGAUCUGUGCCUCAGUGCCACCUGCUGUUUGACUUGGAGAGCUGCACCACAGCUUGCAGCAUCACAUCACACACACAUACCCCUUUUCUUUCUCUCUGAACUGCCCCCUCCAAGGGGAAUGUUGAAAGUCACGAGGAAAUAAUUGCUGUUAAGACUCAGAGAACUGCGCCAAAGCUGCCAAAUCCCCCCAAAAUAUUGUCCUCUAACUAGCAGAUGCUUUGAUCCAAAGUGACUUACUGUACAGAGAAGUGCUGAACAGAGAAACCAUGCUUGAGCUCAGGCUGCCAGCGGAGUGUCAGUGGAAACAGAGAAUUAAAGGAUGGCUCUCAACAAACCAGUCUUACCUAUUUACACAGGGCUGCUGGGAAAUGAAGUUUGGUUUACGCAUAUAUCCUAUAUAUUCACACCCUAUAUAAAAUCCUACAUGAUAGCUGAGUAUUGAAUCUUCCAGAGGCAUUGUUCGUGCCACAUAGAAAUUUUAGAGGGUGUGUACCCAUGUUAGAUUCAACAUGAGAAUUCCUGUAUCCAGACUGCUUCCACCGCCACAGACACCUGACCUGUCUUCCUGCCAAACUCAGUGUGGUGUGUGUUCCCAAACAAGGCCUGACCUGCGACAUAACGCGUGCCUUCAAAGGACAUAUGCGUGGACACAUGUUUGUAUAUAAUAUGUGUGUGUAAUUUGUGCUGUGAGAGGAAGACCCUGUUUUUGGACAUCAAGGCCCACACACUUACACACACAGACAGACAGACAGACAGACAGACACACACACACACACACACAUACACACACACACUGAGCAAUACCAGACAGGCUCUAUACAACACCUCUAUUCAUCUCUAUCAGGUACUCUACUCAGUGGACUCAUGCAGAUAGGUCAAAUGCAUCUCAGCUGAUUCCCCCUGUCCAACAGAAAGUGAACUACUGUUGACCGCGAACCUGUGUGGCAGCCCUUUCUGGUCGAAGUAGUGCAUCAUGAAGGGCUUAUAGACUGUCAUCUAGGUGUUCGUAAAUCUCCACCCUCAGUGGAACUGGCCACAGUUUUUCACUUACAUUGAGAACUGUACUCAGUUUCUAUUCUUUUUUACGCUGGAUAAAACACUGAUGAUAUAAUUAUAGAACUGUAUAAGACAACUUUCUACUCAUGACAUUGUAAAUGAAUGGAUGGAUAACUCAAAUGCAGUAACGCCCUGCAUUGGCUUAUUGUUGUGUAUUAACCCACGGAAAAGUAUUGCAUAGUUAUUAUAGAAUAUCUAGUCUGUAGGAAAACAAUGAAAACCUCUUCAAUAUAUAUUUCAAAUGCGUAACAACACAAUGUAAACACAUAGUGUUAAACGUUCUGUACCAAAACUUACACUUCUAAAGCAGCUCCUGUACCAGUAAAAUCCAAAACUGCAUCUUAAAAUCUCUUUCUUUAUAAUCACUCAAUUUCUAAAAAGCUAUAUUCUCACAUGAAAUGCUACUUAUAUUUUUUUUUCAAAUGAGCACCCUGUUUGCACUGUUAUAACACUGUUGUAACUACAUUAUAUAUCGAGAGAUUUGCAUUAAAUACUAGCACAGCCUAAUUCUGUACUUAAAAUAUUGUAGUUAGUUACACAGGUUAAUACACUGGAAUAAGUCCCAUGUAAAGGAAGUUGCCCAAUUUUUUUUCUUUCUGGUUUAUCUUUGACAGUCGAAUGACAAGAGAUGGAAUACCUUGAUAUUAAUGCUAUUGUUAAUGAUAAUGAAUGCCUUUGUACAGUAGUGGAUAAUAAGCUUUUCAUUCUCCUGUUUUGUAACUUAUGGUAUUUAAAUGUAGGUAUUAUUAUUGUAUUUAGAGGUAUGAGAAGACUGGCAAUAUUUUUGACUAUUUAAAGUAAUUUUGAACUUGAUGAUAUUAAAGAGGUACCUCAGGCCAAUGAUGUUCGUAGAUUGGUGAGACUUGAGUGUUUGCAGGUGAAAGGAUUUACCAAAUGCUGGUGAAAAACGAUCAGGAGACACACCUGUUGGUGCUUCAGCCAAACUAAAUCCUUUGUUGAAUUCAAACAAAGACAGCCCUACCAGGCUAAGAACACACAUCUGUGAACUGAGAAAUGCUAUGUUUUAUAUUCAAAUACAGUGACAGCAGAA